AUGGAUAACCAGAAGCUAGUAGCAAUUUGCAGGCACGACUUACGAUUGGAAGAAGAUUACGACAUUGCUCGACUAAUCAGAGAGGUCAAAAUAGUACAAGAGGAUUCGAGCGACACCUAUGCCAGGCUCACUAGAAAGCACAGAAUCAAGGCUCGGGAGAUAUUGUCCGGGUAUAUGUUAGCUUGGGAAUAUGUGGAAGACCUGGACGGCUCAGGUUAUGGCCAACGCUUCUGGCUAGGGAAGUCGUCUCGUCCCGAUGCUCUUAUCUGGCCUGAGGAUAAGAAGAAGAUCCUCGCGGGCGUCGAGAAGAUGUUCAACGACUUGCAGGACUAUGCAAUAAUUGACCGGCAGAAGAGGAAAUCACGGCCAAUACCAGAGAUUGAUAAAAAAGCGGAUGCCGGAAAUGACCCACCUCCACCGGGUGCACAAUCAACAUUUGGACCACCAACAAAACAUGGUAGUAGAAGGGAUAAGCAACCCAAGACUGAUGUCACCCUGGUCCCAUACAACGUGGCUCCUAUUGCCCAAGAUGCAAAGCCCGGCGAACGAGCCGCCAGCCAGAAGGAGGAGCCAAAGAAAGCAGCCAGCGAGGAGUCCUACGACGUGGAUCCCAGUACGCGACCAGAAGGAGCCGUCACCGACGAGUCUGGCGAAGAGACACCAUCCAGGAAGAGAGCAUUAACGCCUCCGUACAUCCCAGAAAAGGGUCUUCACCAGACAUGGCCAGCUUUCGGGUUCAAGAUCGUCAGUAAGGAAGGAGCUCGGGCUCUAAGAAACCGGGCUGUAAAGAUCGACGACUCCGAAGAAUCAACGUCUAAGACUACUCCCAUGACGCCCCGUAGAUCCAAGGGCUCGAGGGUGAAGGCGAACCGGAAGCAGGAUUCAGCAGAGAAGAACUCCAGCACUGUAUCUGCAGAGAGAAGCGAAGAGGAACAUAUCGAUAUCGAGGAGCCGAAAAAAACUGGGAAGGGCCGCCUCCCCAGCUUACCAAAUUCGCUUUUGACUCGUCGUCAAGCCGCAUCGGCGAAAGCAACUGGCAAUGGCAGCCCGAGAUCAGAAGAUGAUUGA